GGGGGCUGUAAUAGGGCAGGUCGGGAGCAGGGUCUCCCCCUAGCUCCCUUCAGUUCUACCUUGUCUCUGUCAGUAUCGUCCCCAGCAGGUCCUUGUCGUCACGGCAGGUGACACUCCCAGAUUCCCACCCCUGGCAGGAGCCUUCCCCCCCUCCUGCUUUUCUCAGAGGGCUCAGCUGGGCCCUUGGGGCAGAACUGGCCCCUCCUCUCCCCUCAGGGAAGGGUUUGGGGGAUUUGCUUCCUGACCAUCAAGUUUUCCGCUCAGCAUCCAAGCCCUGUGCCCCUCCCCCGUCUCCCCGGCACAGGGAAUGAGCCCCGACUGGAUUCUCUCUCUCUCCCAGCAGGUGCCAGGACAGAGGGGGAGACUUCGCAGCAGGAAGAGGCUGCAGGAGCAGAGCCGAACGGGAUGUCCCGGAGCCCUGAGUGGGAAGACCCCGGUGGAGCAGGAUGGCAGCAGGGAGACCCCAUGGUGGAGAGACCUGCUGGAGGUGAUGAUCAUAAUCCUCAGAGAUCCCACACGGGACAGAAACCCCAUAAAUGCCCCGACUGUGGGAAGAGUUUCAGGGGGAACUCGGCGCUCCUCCAUCACCAGCAAUCCCACACAGGGGAAAAACCUCAUCAGUGCAGGGAAUGUGGGCAAAGCUUUGUGCAGAAAUCAAACUUGACUAGACACCUGAAGGUCCACACUGGGGAGAGACCCUACACAUGUCCCCAAUGUGGGAAAAGCUUUCGUCAGAAGUACAGCCUUUCCCAGCAUCAGUUAAGGCACCGGGAAGAGAGACCUCACAAAUGUACCACAUGUGGGCAAAGCUUCGCUCUCAAAUCGUACCUUGUUCAACACUUGAUGAAAUGCCACAUAGAAGAGAAAUUCUAUAAAUGCCCCGAUUGUGGGAAACUGUUUGCUCGGAGCUCAUACCUUAGGAAGCACCAAAUGACCCACAUGAGGGAACGUCCCACAGAUAUCUCCAGUGCAGGAGUGGCUGAACCUAAAUCUCUGAAAACCAGGAAGCACAAAGUCAAGGUACAUGAUCUCGAGAGAGCGGGGCUGGUGGGCAGCAGAGAGACCCCCUCAUUCCAGUGUAAAGACGACCCCACCCUCAUGGAAGAAAAACCCCAUAAAUGUUCUGACUGCAGGAAAAGCUUUAAGCAGAGCUCGACCCUAAGGAGGCACCAGCAAACCCACAUGGAGGAGCGACCCUACAAAUGCCUCCAGUGUGGGAAGAGCUUUGCCGACAGCUCUAAGCUCCUUCGCCAUCAGAGGAGCCACACAGGGGAGCGACCCUAUGGGUGUGAGUGCGGGAAAAGCUUUGCUGACAGCGCCAAGCUCCUAGAGCACCAGCGAACCCACACAGGAGAGCGACCCUACAAAUGCCCCCAGUGUGGGAAGAGCUUUGCCGACAGCUCUAAGCUCCUUCGCCAUCAGAGGAGCCACACAGGGGAGCGACCCUACAUAUGUGCCCAGUGCGGGAAGAGCUUCGGGCACCGCGCAACCCUAAUCAAGCACUGCAGGACCCACACGGACGAGAGACCCUACAAAUGUGAUGAGUGCGGGAAGAGCUUCUCGGAAAGCUCCAAGCUCCUAGAGCACCAGCGAACCCACACAGGAGAGCGACCCUACAAAUGCCCCCAGUGUGGGAAGAGCUUUGCCGACAGCUCUAAGCUCCUUCGCCAUCAGAGGAGCCACACGGGGGAACGACCCUACAAAUGCCUCCAGUGUGGGAAGAGCUUUGCCGACAGCUCUAAGCUCCUUCGCCAUCAGAGGAGCCACACGGGGGAACGACCCUACACAUGGGAGAAACCCCACAAAUGCGCCCACUGCGGGAAAUGUUUCAGCGAUCCCUCUGUCCUGACCCGGCAUGAGCGCAUCCACACAGGCGAGCGACCCUACAAGUGUGUUCAUUGCGGCAAGGGCUUCGGUCAAAGCUCCACCCAUGCCCAGCAUCUGAGAACCCACACCGGGGAGCGGCCCUAUAGAUGUGAUGAGUGUGGGAAGCGCUUCAGU